GAGAGAGGUUGGCGUCGUGUUUUCCAUGACUGUGCCUCUGUUUUCAGGCAAAUAUUGACACAAUACAAUUCUGUACAGAUGUAUUAAUAUUGUCCCUGACUUUUGCAUAGAUAAGCAAAUGUAAUCCCGAUAACAAACACUAGCUGUUGACACAUCACUGUCCACGGGGAAGAGGUUUUUCUGCUUGAGGUCUGACAUGUAGACAUGUUGAAGCUGAGUAAAUGGACAGCCUGUAAUGCUGGCACUCAGCAGGAAUAUUCACUUGCAAUCAGAAUGAAACUGACAUCUGACUAUGUAUCAUGUUGGAAAUACUCGAGAGAAGAGCACCUUGUGAAACAGAUGUGAGGGGACUACAAAGACUACAUAGACUAUCUGGAAGGCAGAUCAAAAGGAGCUUUAUGUAAUGGAUAUCAACUGCAAUGUGACAACACUAGAGGCCCAGACACAGAUCAACUCCACCAUCUACCACCUGGUUAAGAUGGUCAGCAUGUGUGUGAGCUGCACCCUGAACACCGUACUCAGUGUGCCUUUACUCGUGGUCAUCACACGCUCCCCAUCCCUCCUCAGACACACUCGCUUCCUGCUCCUCUCUCACCUCCUGUUGUGUUACAACCUUCAGCAAUUCCUCUGGACAAUCAAAGCAGUUCUCUUAAGAUCCAGAGAAGGUAUACUUGUGACCCAGUGUUUGAUCUUCUCUGCUGCUACCCAGGCCUGCUCAAUGGUAGACCUCUUCCUGAGCACCGCUCUGGCUGUCGACCGCUUUGUGGCUGUCAGUUGGCCCCUGCGCUAUGAACUCUUGAUGUGUCCUCAAAGGAAGAGAGCAGCUGUUGUAGCCAUAUGGUCCUUAUCAGCUGUACUCAGCAGCGUGGCUUUGUGUAUCAGCCUCAACACCAUCCAGGUCAAUUUUCCCCUUUCCCGCUGUCGACCUCUCAUCCUUAGACCCUGCCUGUCGGGGACAUCGGCUCUGGUACUUUAUUGCAUCGUGGGAACCGCUGUGGUGGUGCCUCUCUGCUCUCUCACCAUGCUGGGAUGCUUCUGCAAGCUCUGCUGGGACAUGUGUGCAGGACGGCUUUGCACCAAGAGAGCCUGUGUGACCCUGACCCUCCAGGCAGCUCAGACCAUUCUCUUUUCUGUUCCUGUGGUCAUGGACAGCUACCUGACCCCUGGCUACUUUCACAGUGAUGCUCUUGAUAUAGCAACCACCAUCAUCUACAACCUGGGGGUGUCGCUCAUCCCACUGGUCUAUGGCUACCGCUCGCGGGAGCUGCAGAAAAGAAUACGACAGGCUGCACACAGGAUCAAAGUUAACAAUGAAAAUUAAUCAUAAAGUCUGACAAACACUUGUUUGAGGAGCUGCUUUUUAAAAAACGUAAUACUUUUUACCUGUGGUGCCCGUCACAGCAAGUUUUCCACAUUUAUUGCAUCCACGCUUUCAAUUUACUUUAUUGUUUGAAAUAGUAAGGUUUGAUAGUUGAG